UAUUAAAUAUUUUCCGUCUAUUAUAGGUGUAUAAUAUGAUACGCACAGUCGUAUAUUAUAGAUCAGGUCUAUUGACUCAGAUCAUCGCUGUUCUCACGGAGUUAGUUUUUCGGUACACCAGUAAAACUGAUAACCGCCUCGGGUUUCCAUCAUCAUAAUAUACCAGCAAGGUACCUUUUUAAUUACCUACCUAUCGGACUUACGACGCAUCAGGUCAACUCGUAAUACAUUAAUGUUUUUAUAAAAACACUGUUUUACUCUACAUGGAGGUCAAAGUUUAGAUUUAACGGACUUUGAGUACUUAUAUAUACCUAUCACCGAACUCGGCAUGGAGGCGGUGGAUGUGGUAUCCGAGUCUUCCGAGGCCGCAGCUCACCGAACACCGACCGUCAGUCUGGACUUCAACGAAGCUAUGGCCGACUUCAAGACGAUGUUUCCAACGCUCGACGACGAAGUAAUUGAGGCCGUGUUGCGGUGCAACAAGGGCAGUGUGGAUCGAACUGUCGACCAACUGUUGACGAUGAGCUGUGAGUGUCGUGCGGCUGACCUGCUUAACGGGCCGGACAGCAACGACCUCGGUGCUCUGCCCAUGCAGUCCGCAUUUUUCGACCCGAUGUUGCCCGACGUGCUGCACAACCUCGGCAAGGAGACUGCCCGAAGUAUUGGCGGCUCUUCAUUUAGCCGUUGGAACCCGCCGAUGCUCGGGCCCUUGCCCACCGACUUUCUCAGGAUCACGAACAACGGCAGUAGCACAUCACAAGUUUCAGAGAGCGAACUCAACGACGAGCAAAUAGCGAUUCUGUUGCAAAACGAAGAAUUCCUAGUGCAACUGCGUAAAAACGAACAAUUCCUCUCCACUUUGGAUAAAGACAGUCCUAUGGAAGAACAAAGGUUCUUCAUCCCAAAUCAUACACCAGGUGAUGAGGACGCCGCAUUUAAAGAAAGGCUGAAAAAUAUGGGAAAAGCUUCCAGAAAGAAAUUUAUCCAAAUUGCACGAGUAUUCACAGGAAAAAAAAAGAAGAGCACAGCACGCAAUAUAUUGAAUCAAGGAGACACUCACACAAAAGACAAUUUAUUUCUACAUGAAGAAGAACACUGAAUCAAAUAUUUUACUUAUUGUUAUUGUUCAAAAAAUAACUUGUUCUUUUUAUAUUCAAUUCUGUUAUUGUUAUUAUCAUUUA